AUUACAACUCCUUUUCUUCCUAUCCUUACAAUGGAUACCAUAGCCUCAAACUCUUCGGACCUCACGACCAAAACUAGUCUCCAAACAUCUCCGUUUAGCAAUAUGUAUUUCCUCACAACACUUCAAGCUCUUGUAGUCAUUUCUCUCUUAAUGAUAUUCAAGAAAAUAAAGUCAUCUUCACAGAACAAGAAGUUGCACCCUCUCCCGCCGGGUCCCAGUGGGUUUCCACUCGUAGGAAUGGUUCCAGCGAUGCUUAAAAACCGUCCGGUUUUCCGGUGGCUUCAUAGCCUCAUGAAGGAGCUUAACACGGAGAUAGCUUGUGUGCGUCUAGGAAACACUCACGUCAUUCCAGUCACAUGUCCUAAGAUAGCACGUGAGAUUUUCAAGCAACAAGACGCACUCUUUGCGUCAAGACCACUCACUUACGCUCAAAAGAUACUCUCCAACGGCUACAAAACCUGCGUGAUCACACCCUUCGGUGAGCAAUUCAAGAAGAUGAGGAAAGUGAUUAUGACGGAGAUAGUUUGCCCCGCAAGGCACCGAUGGCUACAUGACAAUAGAGCUGAAGAAACCGAUCAUCUAACCGCUUGGCUUUACAACAUGGUUAGAAACUCUGAACCGGUCGAUCUCCGCUUUGUUACAAGGCAUUACUGUGGUAAUGCUAUUAAGAGGCUUAUGUUUGGAACGAGGACGUUCUCGGAGAAAACUAAAGCCGAUGGUGGGCCAACCAUUGAAGAUAUUGAGCAUAUGGAAGCUAUGUUUGAGGGGUUAGGGUUUACGUUUGCGUUUUGUGUAUCGGAUUAUCUACCCAUGCUUACGGGAUUGGAUCUAAACGGACAUGAGAAGAUCAUGAGAGAAGCUAGUGCAGUUAUGGAUAAAUAUCAUGAUCCUAUUAUUGAUGAGAGGAUUAAAAUGUGGAGAGAAGGAAAGAGAACUCAGAUUGAAGAUUUUCUAGACAUUUUUAUCUCUAUCAAGGACGCAGAUGGCCAGCCUUUGCUUACCGCUGAUGAAAUCAAACCGACCAUUAAGGAACUUGUGAUGGCGGCGCCGGACAAUCCAUCAAACGCCGUGGAAUGGGCCAUGGCGGAGAUGAUAAACAAACCGGAGAUCCUCCAGAAAGCAAUGGAAGAGAUCGAAAGAGUCGUCGGAAAAGAAAGACUCGUGCAAGAAUCCGACAUACCAAAACUUAACUAUCUCAAAGCUAUUAUCCGUGAAGCUUUUCGUCUUCAUCCCGUCGCUGCCUUUAAUCUCCCACACGUGGCACUCUCCGACACAACCGUCGCUGGUUACCAUAUCCCUAAAGGAAGUCAAGUUUUACUUAGCCGUUACGGUCUUGGUCGUAACCCUAAAGUUUGGUCUGAUCCACUAAGCUUUAAACCGGAGAGGCAUCUCAAUGAGUGCUUGGAAGUGACUUUGAUCGAGAACGAUCUCCGGUUUAUCUCGUUUAGUACCGGGAAAAGAGGAUGUGCUGCUCCUGCAUUAGGUACUGCGAUAACUGUCAUGAUGCUCGCUAGGCUUUUGCAAGGGUUUAAGUGGAAACUACCCGGCGGUGAGACACGUGUCGAAUUGAUGGAAUCGAGUCAUGAUAUGUUUCUCGCGAAGCCCUUGGUUAUGGUCGGAGAAUUGAGGUUGUCGGAAAAUCUUUACCCAUCGGUAAUCUGAGGUGACAGUCAUGUACGACCAUGAUAUAUAUGUAUACUAUGAAUAAUUAUAUUUAUCCAAGUGUACAAUCUAAAAUUUGGUCAUUUAUCGACCAGGCCUUGUCGGUUAUGGUCCUUUUUGGAAACACUUGGAGUGUGUUUUCUCUCAUUUUACGGUUUUUUUGUUCCUCUUGCUUUUUAACGUUCUCUAUAUAUUUUAGAUUGGGAAAAUUUGC